UCCAGUUUGAAAGUACCUCUGCUUUCCCGUCUUCUCUCCUUACAUGGCUGUCUCUUCCCACCUCCCACGGAGGGAUGAGUUAGGCUGGAAGCCGGCGCCGACUCGGGUCCCCGUGCAGAGCCCUCGGUAAGCCAAGAAAGAGCUGCUCCUGGGCUGCCUCCCUCACCCUUCCCAAAUGUGAGCACAUAGCAGCCAGCGCGAAGGGCCUCCUCUUGUCUUCAAGGCACUUGCUUCUGCUUCCUGUUCUUCUGUCCAAAACAGAAAAAGCCAAACCAAACCAGGCCACAAAGAAUUUGUGCUGAUCUAAGGAAAAGGCUGUGGAAUCACCUCUUUGUCUCCCUAGAUCCUGGCUGUGGGCUGGAUUUUCUGUCCUUGACUCCAGGGGAUCAGCUACGGGGAAUCGGGAUCUUGGAUACGUUUUGAUUUUUGUUUUUACUUGAACCUUUUCAACCGAGAAGCUGAAGCUGUCACUGCUAAAAUCCCGUUUUUUUUUCCCAAGCAUGUCAGAAAGCUGGCAGCAGCAACAGCAGCAACCACAGCAGACACCACCACCGCAGCAGCACCACACUGGGGCAGCCGCCCUCUCCGAGCACUCCAUCCCACCCAGCACUGCUGACAACCCCUUGGGCUGUGCGGUCUACGGUAUCCUGCUCCAGCCAGAUCCUGGUCUGCAGCACCACCAGCACGCCCCCAUCCAGGCUGGGGAGCCGUCCCACAAAUGCGGGGUGUGUGGCCACGACCUCGCUCACCUCUCCAACCCCCAUGAGCACCAGUGCUUGCCAGGCCAUGACCGCUCUUUCCAGUGUACCCAGUGCCUGAAGAUCUUCCACCAGGCCACCGACCUCCUCGAACACCAGUGCAUCCAGGUGGAGCAGAAGCCCUUUGUGUGCGGCGUCUGCAAGAUGGGCUUCUCCCUCCUGACCUCACUGGCACAGCACCACAAUGUCCACAACGGCAACGCCAUGAAGUGCUCUAUCUGUGAGAAGACCUACAAGCCUCCUGAGGCAGAGCAUCCGCAGCCUCUUGACCCCUCGGAGAAGCCUUACAGCUGCUCCAUCUGUCAGAAAACCUUCAAGCACCUCUCGGAGCUGUCCCGGCAUGAGCGCAUCCACACGGGUGAGAAGCCCUACAAGUGCACGCUGUGCGACAAGAGCUUCAGCCAGUCGUCCCACCUGGUGCACCACAAACGGACGCACAGCUCGGAGCGGCCCUACAAGUGCACGGUGUGCGAGAAGACCUUCAAGCACCGCUCCCACCUGGUGCGCCACAUGUACGCGCACUCAGGGGAGCACCUCUUCAAGUGCAACGUCUGUGAGCUGCACUUCAAGGAGUCGUCGGAGCUGCUGCAGCACCCCUGCACGCCCAGCGGGGAACGGCCCUUCCGCUGCGGCGAGUGCCAGAAGGCCUUCAAGCGGCCCUCGGACCUGCGGCAGCACGAGCGCACGCACAGCGAGGAGCGGCCCUUCAAGUGCGACCUCUGCCAGAUGAGCUUCAAGCAGCAGUAUGCGCUCAUGCGCCAUCGCCGCACGCACAAGGCCGAGGAGCCCUUCAAGUGCAACCUGUGUGAGAAGGGCUUCGUGCAGCCCUCGCACUUGGUGUACCACCAGCACGUGCACGGCAUCGAAAACCUCUUCAAGUGCAACGUGUGCCAGAAGGGCUUCAACCAGUCCUCAGAGCUGCUGCGGCACAAGUGUGUGCAGAACGCGGAGCGGCCCUUCAAGUGCGCGGUGUGCAACAAGUCCUAUAAGCGGGCCUCGGCUCUGCAGAAGCACCAGCUGGCCCAUUGCGCUGAGAAGCCGCUCAAGUGCACGCUCUGCGAGAGACGUUUCUUCUCCUCCUCCGAGUUCGUGCAGCACCGCUGUGACCCAGCCCGUGAGAAGCCCCUCAAGUGCCCUGACUGUGAAAAGCGGUUCAAGUACGCCUCGGACCUGCAGCGCCACCGGCGUGUGCACACAGGCGAGAAGCCCUACAAGUGCCACUCCUGCGAGAAGGCCUUCAAGCAGCGCGAGCACCUCAACAAGCACCACAGUGUGCAUGCCCGGGAGCAGCAGUACAAGUGCAUGUGGUGCGGGGAACGGUUCCUGGACUUGGGCCUGCUGCAGGAGCACAGCGUCCAGCACACGGCCGAGGGCGCCUACCAGGUGGCAGCCUGCUUGCCGUGAGCCCCCUGCCCCUUGGCGGCUUUCAGCUUGCAUGCAACGCUCCUGAGCCUCGGCCUCCCUUCCCUCUCUUAGGGUGUAGACGGCCUCCAGGGAGUUUGGGGGAAAGGGGAGGUACCAGUGGGCGGGUGAACUUCCCUCUGGCCUCUCUGGUUGAUGUGAUAUGCCACCAGUACUAAUAUGCCACCUGUACCGAUACACCACUGAUACUGCAGGGGUGAGGGAUGAGGUGAAAAGCUGGAAGGGGUGGAGAGGAAAGGAGGGAGGUGGGGAGAGGACACGAAGCCUGUAGCUGCCUGGCAUCCCCUGGCCUGCAGUUCACUCUGUACCUGCAGUCCCAGCGCUGGGAGCUUGGCUGCCCGCUGCGGGCACCAGCCCUUCGAACGCAGCCUCUUUGCCCUGCCCUGCCUGGCAGGGUCGGCGGGGAGGGCUGGGUAGGUCCUUCUGGGGAGGGCUCAGCAGUAAGGCAGAGCCAGCGCUCUCUCCCCCUGGGGCACGCAGUUUGGCAAAGAAGUAGCAGGUUUCCGCUGCUGGGAUCUCCCAACUUUCUUGGUCUGAGCUCAGUUGAGAGGACCACUUCAGAUCGUUAGUGUUGAUUGACUGCCCCAACCUCCCCUGCUCUCCCUCUUUCUAGAGUGUAGAAAGGGAAAAGCCAUGGGGCUGCAGAGCUCCAACAAGCACUUUGGCGUUGCUGCUUUUGCAGUUGUUGGCUGUCACACUCUGCAAGGGUUCCAAGCGAGCCUGCCUGCCCCCCUGCCUGCUGGCGGUGUGGGGAAGAGAGGCAAGCGCUGCGCCACUACCGGAGAGUGUGGCGAGGAGAGCCACCGUGCCCAAGAGGCUCCUACCCAAGAGCUGCUUCCUGAGGGUCAUAGCUCUCCUGCCAAGACUUGCCUCCAGCCCCCAAGCCCCUUCCCUCUUCCCAGCCGCCUGGGCUGUUCACAUACCUCCAGGGGGGCUGGUAAAGGGCCCUCUCAGCAGUCUGAACACUAAAGGGCGAGGCAAGCACUACUAAUAGCCCACAACUUUGGAGACGUUACCAUCACCUGCGGUAACCCAUGCCAUGUGCCAGGGGCUUGGGGUCUGAUUUGCUGGGGGGAACCAUAGCAAGGCAGGAGAGCCCUUCCUGGCCCGCAGGCUCAGCUCCAUGGGGAGGGGAAGGUCAGCAGUGGGUGGAGGGGACUGCAUUUUUUCCCCUCUUGCAGGAGUCCUGUUUUACCCCUUUACUCUUUCUUUACCUCUUCUUUAUUUUUCAGGUUUUGCACAGUUCUUGAAAACAUCACUUAAAAAUAAAUUUCCCUUAGCAAGGUCGAUGCAGCCUCAGGUGUUUUCCUCUGCAGGAUUUUGCUGGCUUCUCGUGACUGAGACCUGUUACAUGCCAGUCAGAUGCCUUGGAGGUUGAAGGUGUGCUUACUAGGUUGCCCACCAGCCUUCCCCUCUCUGUCUUUGGGGAUAUUGAGAUGUUAAAUAUCCAUCUGUGGAGCUAUCCAGGCCCAGACUGGACAUGGUCCUGGCCAGUCUGCUGUUGCUGACCCUGCUCGAGCAGGGGGCUGAACUAGAUGAUCUCCAGAGGUCCCUGCCAGCCUCCGCUCUUCUGUGGUCUUGGCUGGCCCUCCUAUGAAGUAGGGGUGUUGUGACGAGCUGUAGGGAGUGAGUAGCAGCCACUGAGUUGCCCCUGUGCUGCACAGGUGAUUAAGACAAGUUUAAUAAACGUUGUCCAGGGCAAGCGUAGGACAGGCUAAUGGAGUUGGGCUGUGCCUGCUUUGCUGGUAGGGAAUGCUCAUCUCAAAGGUGGAGGAGGGCUCUCGUUUCUGUUUCCAGCAUGGUGAGGGGGAACAUGGAGCGUUUUGGGGGGCUGGGACAGCUCAGUGACAGUUCUGGCCCUGGGGCUGAGUCCUUCAUGUGCAGCUUUAAGGAGGUUAAAGCAGACCUUGCUCCCUGCUGCCAAGGAAGAGGGACCGAUGGUUGUCUUACUUCAUGCUGCCUCAGAGAUGUAGAACUUCCUACCGAAUUUUCUGUCUGUUUCUUUUUCCUUUUUUUCUUUUUAUUUUUGCUUUUUUUAAAGCAGUUUGUUAAUAUUCAUUAAAAAUACUGUAUAGUUUAACUUGCUGUUGUACUGGAUCUUUUAAAAAAAAGAGAUGUGAUAACUUGGAUUUUUAAAGAGCUCUUUGGUUCUAGGUAGCUGGUUUUUGCUGUUUAAUAUAUAGCGAGUUCAGUGUAUGCUUUACUGUAGGAGUAAAAACGAGGAGUAAAAUCAAGUAAGGCUGAUCCUGUCUUUACAGAAAGACUUCGUGGUGAUGGAGGCUGCGAGCCUGGGAGCAGGGCCAGCCAGGUAGCGCAACACCCACCUGAGCCCUCGCCCCAUGCCUGCUUUGGGCUGUGGUUAGCUCUGCUCUUGCCCAAAGCAGCCCAGCGUAGCUGCUCAGGUCUCCCCAGGCUGGGGGUGCCGCAGCUGCCUUGAGCAUGGCAUGGGCAGCCAGGAUCAGUGCCCGGAGCUGGGAGCUUGCAGAGAGGCUCAUCGUUAGUAAGAGGAGGGCGUGAAAUGGAGGCUGCUGGAACCCCUGGGGGCUUUUGUGGCUGUUUCUUCCUGGGGCAGCUGCUGGCUGGAGGAGGGCUCUGCAGAAAUCGUUAGUGUGGCCCCACAUGAUGGUGCCCUGCUCUGUUCCCUCCCUGGGGGCCUGGGCCAGCCUGGGGUGCCUGGGGAGGAGGGCUGCGGUGGGCCCCAGAAACAGCUUUGCACCACGCACUGGCCACGGAGCUGCUAGGUCUUGUCCCCUUAGUACCAGCAGGGUACCAGCCCCCACAGGGGCUGUUGCAGAGCGUUUCCCUGGUGCUGAGUGGCUGGGAAAGCCCUCAGUGUCCCAGUGAGGAUGUGGAAACAGCCAAGCAGCACCUGGGGCAGGCAGACCAUCAUCAGGGCUGUGUGCUCGGGGACUUGUGCCUGGGGCAGAGGGGGUGCUGUGGGGAGCUCAGUGGGGACGAGCCUGGGUCCAGGUGUCAGGCCUGUGAGUAGGCACCUACCAUGAAGUAGGACUGGCCGUGGGCCUGUGCGGACUCCUUGGUCUCUCCAUCUUGCUGCCCUGCAACAGCCCAAAUUCGGUGGAAGCCCACAGCGGGUGGAGGACCUGUGCGGAGAGGGCAGCUGGGCGGCUGCAGGGAGCCUCGGGUGUGUU